AUGACCAUAAACCCUAUAAUCCUAAACCCCAAAGGAUUUUCCGCCCCAUUAAAAAAAGUGUGUGUACAAACACGCGCAUUAAAUUUUAAAAUCAAAUUACAAACAACGCACCAUGCCUGGACAAAGAUCUAUGCUGAAACCUGUCCCCUGCCUUCAACUUACCAAUACUACAUAUACCAGACGGAAAUGUGUCCCACGACUGGACGCAUUCACUUCCAAGGCUUCAUAUACUUUUCCAAUCCCCGGUCUUUCGACCAAGUGCGCAGGGAAUUCGGAGGCCUAACACACGUGGAAAUCUGCCGCGACAUUCCCGCAGCAAUUAAAUACUGCCAAAAAGAAGAAACGCGGAUCGGAGCCCCAAUUGAAGCCGGCAUAAUACCGGAAUGUGCACGACAGCCCAACUGGUGGCAAGGACUAAGCAUAGCACAACUAUGGGAGGAAGAACCCACUUGGAUGCUAAAACACCACGGAGCCGUAACGGCAUAUAAUAAACAAUUAAAAAAAGUGACCUUUGCAAGACCCAAACCCGAAGUCAUCGUCCUCUGGGGACCGCCGGGCACCGGAAAGUCGCAUACUGCCCGAUCAGUAUGUGACGAUUACUAUGUCAAGCCCGCAGGCCCAUGGUGGGACGGCUAUUUCGGGCAAGAAUUAGUCAUCUUUGAUGACUUUUAUGGAUCUGAAAAAUUUUGCGACAUGUUACGUUGGUUGUCAGAAAAUCCAAUCAAAGUACCGAUAAAAGGAUCCAUGACCGACCUACUUGCGACAAAAUUCAUAAUCACCAGCAACGUGGAACCAGACCGAUGGUAUCCCCAUGUUGAAAACAAAGAAGCCCUGAUGCGCAGAAUCACCGAUGUCAUCUACAUGGAUAAAAUAUACAGUCCUGAGUAG